AUAAAUGAUAACUAUGUUCAUAAAUUUGUUUAAUAUAUAUUUCUUUUAUUUUUUUAUUUACUAAUAAUCGUCGAACUAAUUAAAACUAAUUGGCAUGGCCGUGUCCAUUAUAUUUACUGGCUGUUGAACCGAUAAAACAUUGUUAAGUGUUGUAGGUCGUAUAGUAAAUUAUACUCGUUUGAACGGUAAAUGUUUAUUCCGGUUAUUUAAAUAUAAACAAGCAGAUUGUACACUGGACUUCCAGUAGACAACCACGGAAACAAAAGUUUCAUAAUCGAAAUAUGUCGGCGGGAAGACCAAUCAAGUGUGUGGUCGUUGGCGAUGGUACUGUGGGCAAAACAUGCAUGCUAAUAUCGUACACUACUGACAGUUUUCCUGGAGAAUAUGUACCUACUGUGUAAGUGUAAAUUUAAGAUCAAAUUGAAUAGGCAAUUUAUUUAUUUUUUAAUACUGUUCCAAUCAUUCAUUAUUUAGAUUUGACAAUUAUUCUGCACCCAUGGUAGUUGAUAGUAUCCCAGUUAGUCUUGGUCUUUGGGAUACAGCUGGCCAAGAGGAUUAUGACCGUCUAAGACCACUUUCCUAUCCACAGGUAAAAUAAUAAUUUUUUUUUCCCCAUAAUUUCCAGCUUUUAUUUUAAUUUAAAAGUCUUUUUUUUCUGUGCAGACGGACGUAUUUUUAGUUUGCUUUAGUGUUGCCAGUCCGUCUUCGUUUGAAAAUGUUGUUUCCAAAUGGUAUCCAGAAAUCAAACAUCAUUGUCCAGAUGCACCUAUGAUUUUAGUUGGUACAAAAAUAGAUUUAAGAGAAGACAAAGAAACAUUAAAUAUUCUGUCUGAACAAGGACUUUCGCCUAUCAAACGCGAACAGGGACAAAAGUUGGCUAAUAAAAUAAGAGCUGUGAAAUAUCUUGAAUGUUCUGCAUUGACACAAAGAGGACUUAAACUAGUGAGUUUAAAAUUAGUGGCUUUUUAAAAGAAACUAUUUUAAUUCAAAUUAUUAUCUAUUAUUUGUGAAUUCAAAAGGUAUUUGAUGAAGCUGUAAGAUCUGUUUUGCGACCAGUACCACUCAAACACCAGCAAAGGAAAUGCACUAUAGCUUAAUAGUUUGACAGACUGAAGAGAGCAGCGAUAUUCCUACCUCUGUAUAAAAUUGUAAAAGGGUUGUUAAAACACUUAAUUCUUCUUUUUUUGAUUAUUAUUAUUUUUUUUUUUUUUAAUAAUUUAUAAUCUAUUUGGCAGAAUUUAUAUAAAUUAGCUUAAAAAACGAGAUCGAAAACCGUGCCAUUUAGCCUUAUAUUAUUUUUUACCAAAGAUAUUUAAACGGUUGAUUUUAUACUUUUGAGAACAAAAAAAAUUUUCUUUUUGAUUAUUGCGCAGCAUGACUAUAAUAAACAGUACAAAAAAUUAAUAAACAGUCUUCCUCGGUUGACAAUGUAGCGCCUUUUUUUUUUAAUUUUUUAUUAAUUUUUAUUUUAUUCAUCAUUGCACUAUUAACAUUAGGCUUAAUCUAGAAUUUUUUUUCUUAUUUUUUGCUCAAAACUAAUUUUAUGUAAGAACAAAGUACAUGAAUCUCUAUUAUUUAGUUUUUACAUCUAGUCAUGCAACAUUUUUGUAAUUAAUGCAACGUAUGAAGGUAUUGGCAGCUUAGAUUAGAGGUUGUGAAAAAUUUGGCUGGCCAAAAUAUUAUUGUCAUACAUUUAUUUAAGAAAAUUGUCAUGUUUCAUAUUAUAACUAUAAAAAUUAUUAUAUAUUGAAUUUUUUUAUUUAAAUAAAUAAAUUCGUCUUAAUAAACGAGUUAUAUUUUGUGUUUUUCACUAUACACAUAUA